UGUGUGUGUGUGUGUGUGUGUGUGUGAGUGAGUGAGCGUGUGGAGGAGGAGGCGGAGGAAAACGAGAGACCAUAGACUUCCACCUCGGCCUAGAGCGUCCUUUAAAGUGUUGGGGAGAGGCGGGCGGGGACCACCCACAACUGGCCGCUGGCGGUAUCAUGGCGUCCCGGAACCCCCCUCCCCAAGACUAUGAGAGUGAUGACGAGUCUUACGAAGUGUUGGAUUUAACUGAGUAUGCAAGAAGACAUCACUGGUGGAAUCGUGUAUUUGGCCACAGUUCGGGACCUAUGGUAGAAAAAUACUCAGUAGCUACCCAGAUAGUAAUGGGUGGCGUGACUGGCUGGUGUGCAGGAUUUUUAUUCCAAAAGGUUGGAAAACUUGCUGCAACUGCAGUAGGUGGUGGUUUUCUUCUUCUACAGGUUGCUAGUCACAGUGGCUAUGUGCAGAUCGACUGGAAGAGAGUUGAAAAAGAUGUAAACAAAGCAAAAAGACAGAUUAAGAAGCGAGCAAAUAAGGCAGCACCUGAAAUCAACAAUAUAAUUGAAGAAGCAACAGACUUUAUCAAGCAGAACAUUGUGAUAUCCAGCGGCUUCGUGGGAGGCUUUUUGCUAGGCCUGGCAUCUUAGGGACUUGGAGACUCCAUGGUAGUGAAUCCAACAGUGAGAGGAAGACUGUGGCAGCAGGGUGAUCUCUCAAUGGCUACCAAAGUCUCCAGAGAAAGGAACAGCCAGCUGGACAAUUGCAAAUGCAACAACUUAGCACUUUGCCACCUGAAGCUUAACAAGCUAAUAUCUGCUGUAAGACAACCUAUGUGGCGUGUAAACAAUUGUAUUCUUAGCAAAUCAUGGAUUUUUGCAAAUUUUUAAAUUUGCAUCUGUUUAGAAACUAGCCUCUGAUUAUCAGCACUGGAUAUAUUGGAGACAGAAAAAGUUCAUAUGUGUACUGUCCAAUGAAAUAUUACCCUGUCUUCUUUUCAAAGUUCUUUGUGUUUUACUGUCUAGUACCAAUAAUUAAAAAUUGUCUUAUAGCUUCAA